AUGGGCCCAGAGGAGCUGACGCAGAGGUGCCUGGCGUGCGGGCGGGAGCGCCCGCCGGCGCGGUGCGCGCGGUGCCUCCGCGCGUGGUUCUGCGGCCCGGAGUGCCAGAGGGCGGCCUGGAGGGCACACAAGGCCGACUGCCGCCUGCAGUCAGCCGGGGCGCCCGGGCCCGCCGGUACGCCAGCGCCUCCCUCGGAAGCCGCCUGGCGCCCGCUGCUCCCGCGCCUGCCGCCCGUGGCCCGGGCGCAGCGCUCUGCCGCCCGGGCGCUCGCGUGGGAGCGCGGGGCGGACGCGGUGCGGCGGCUGCUGCAGGAGGGGCCAGCCCGCGCCCCGGGCGGCGCUACGCCCGAGGCCCGCGCCAUGGAGCUCUGCCAGGCCGGGCGCUACCUCGACGCCCUGGGCGAGGCGCUGCUCUGCCAGGUGGGCGACGAUGCCACGGACACGCCGCGCGUGCGCCAGCUGGCCGAGAUGCUCUGGGAACGGCAGGGCUUCGAGCCGAUCCCUCCGGAGAGGCACAAGUACAGCCUGCUGCACGCAGCUCCCCCGCGGGGCUCCACGGAGGCCCAGGCCCCGGCGCCCGCCCGGAUGAUCCCGUUUUCCGCCGAGCAGGACGAGGCGGGCAGCGGCGGCCGCUCCGCAGACACGUGGGCAGGCGGCAUGUGGCCGCGCUCGCAGGGUGGCGCUGCCCCGUAG